UCCUCUACUGUCUGCCGGAUCCCACUGCAUUUGCUUGCCUUAUUAACAAAAGAAAGAAAAGCAUUGCUGCCGAUUGAAGAUUGAGAAGAAAAGGACAAACAGGAUGAAAAACGCACAACUGAGGGUAGCAUUAUUUAUAACUGCCUGAGAAACUAACUCCCAUUUACAACAACCUUGCCCUUCUAAGACCUCAGAGAACAUAUUGGACCUACAGCAACUCAAAAUUCACUACAGUUCAAGUCUCCAAAGAUUCCCUUCACAUUGGUUAAGGCUCUCAACUCACUGUAGAAUUAAGCAAUUAGAUGAGCAAGGACCUGGGUGGAUAGCAGGCAUUCAGGUGAUUAUCUCAUUGCUACUCGGCUGAGCUGACACAGAUAUUUGGGAUGUGACAGGAAGCAGUUAGAUCAUCAUGACUAACCAGGAGAAGUGGGUCACUCUGAGCCCUGCGGAAUUCUCUCAGCUCCAGAAGUAUACACAAUACUCCACAAAGAAACUGCAAGAUGUACUUCAGGAAUUCCAUGGGGACGGAGUGCUGGCAAAAUAUAAUCCUGAAGAGAAGCUGGAGAUUCUCAAUCAAGCUAUUGACUUUGAAGGCUUCACUCUGUUUAUGAAGACAUUCUUGGAAACAGAACUACCUGAUGAUUUCUGUCAACAUCUCUUCAUGUCAUUCAGUACCAGAUUCUCUAACGCCAGUCCGUCAACAGCAGAAAAGCCUCUUGGCUGCUCCCAGCAACGUGCAGGAGGGCUUAAAAUCAUUAAGGGCAAUGCAAAUCCUUCAAGUGUGCCUUAUCCAUCCAAAAUGAACCCACCAGAGACAGUCCAACUAAAAGACAUUGUGUGUUACCUGUCGCUGCUGGAAGGAGGACGGCCUGAAGACAAGCUGGAGUUUAUGUUUCGUCUCUAUGACACUGACGGAAAUGGGUAUCUGGAUAGCUCGGAACUAGAAAACAUUAUCUCUCAGAUGAUGCAUGUUGCAGAGUACCUGGAAUGGGAUGUAACAGAACUGAAACCUAUUCUCCAGGAAAUGAUGGAAGAGAUAGAUUAUGACCAUGAUGGCACAGUUUCCCUUAAAGAAUGGAUACAAGGUGGGAUGACAACAAUCCCUCUUCUAGUGCUGCUCGGAUUGGAAACAAAUGUAAAGGAUGAUGGGCAGCAUGUGUGGCGGCUGAAACACUUCAACAAGCCUGCCUACUGUAAUCUCUGUUUAAACAUGCUGAUUGGAGUGGGGAAGCAAGGCCUUUGCUGUUCUUUUUGCAAGUACACAGUUCAUGAGAGGUGUGUGGCCCGUGCUCCUUUAUCCUGUAUAAAGACUUAUGUCAAGUCAAGAAAAAACAUGGAAGUGAUGCAUCAUUUUUGGGUCGAAGGAAAUUGUCCAAUAAAGUGUGACAAGUGCCAUAAAAACCUAAAAUGUUAUCAAGGUCUAACUGGACUUCACUGUGUUUGGUGCCAAAUAACUCUUCAUAACAAGUGUGCUUCGCAUGUGAAGCCUGAAUGUGAUUGUGGACCUCUGAAAGACCACAUUCUGCCGCCAACCACUAUCUGCCCAGUAGUACUGGAGAGACAAUCUACUUUAAAAAAAGACAGCAGUCCCCUUCACACAAAACAGUCUGGGGGGAGAGCAAAGAUGCAACGAGCCAAUUCCGUCACUGUGGACGGUAAAGGACUUCAGAUCACUCCAGUUGAAGGAACACACCCCCUUCUGGUUUUUGUGAACCCUAAAAGUGGAGGAAAACAGGGUGACAGGAUAUUGAGAAAAUUUCAGUACCUUCUAAAUCCUCGUCAAGUGUACAAUCUUGCUAACAAUGGACCUAUGCCAGGGUUAAACUUUUUCCGAGAUGUUCCUGAUUUUAGAGUACUGGCUUGUGGUGGCGAUGGCACUGUUGGCUGGAUUCUCGAUGUGAUAGACAAGGUGAAUCUAAACAAGCAGCCUCUAGUGAGUGUGCUGCCACUUGGGACAGGAAAUGAUUUAGCAAGGUGUCUAAGAUGGGGAGGAGGCUACGAAGGAGAAAAUCUACUUAAAAUUCUGAAAGAUAUUGAAAACAGCACAGAAGUCAUGCUGGACAGGUGGAAGAUUGAGGUGAUUCCUGAUGAUAAGGAUGAAAAGGGUGAUCCUGUGCCUUACAGCAUCAUAAACAACUACUUCUCUAUUGGAGUGGACGCUUCAAUUGCACACAGAUUUCAUAUCAUGCGAGAAAAACAUCCAGAAAAGUUCAACAGUAGAAUAAAGAACAAAUUUUGGUAUUUUGAAUUCGGCACAUCGGAAACCUUCUCCGCUACUUGCAAGAAGCUCCAUGAAUUUUUAGAAGUUGAGUGUGAUGGAAUCCAGCUUGAUUUCAGCAAUAUUUCCCUGGAAGGAAUUGCCAUCCUGAACAUCCCAAGUAUGCAUGGAGGGUCAAACCUGUGGGGAGAGACCAGGAAGAGGCGAAGCCAUCGACGGGCUGGGAAAAAAAUGAUGGACAAAAGAACCACUGUGGUUGAUGCCAAAGAGCUGAUGUUCACUGUUCAAGAUCUGUCAGAUCAGCUUUUUGAAGUGGUUGGUCUGGAAGGAGCGAUGGAAAUGGGUCAGAUCUAUACAGGUUUAAAAAGUGCUGGGAGGAGACUUGCACAGUGUUCUUCUGUUACCAUCCGGACCAGUAAAGCUCUCCCAAUGCAGAUUGACGGUGAGCCUUGGAUGCAAACCCCUUGCACUAUCCAAAUAACUCACAAGAACCAAGCUCCCAUGCUGAUGGGCCCGCCUCCAUCUUCAGGGUUCUUCUCUUCUAUCGUCUGGAAAACAAGCAAGGAGUAGGCUUGUGAAGAGCUGUGUUAUUUAAGCCUGCAUGGUGUUGUGUGGGGGUUCAUGUAAUACUACACUCAUACCUGAUAUUUUAACUACUGCACUUAAAUGUUCUGAAACAUUUUGUAUUUGAAAUGUUGUGUGUAAAAAACAAAAUCAAAUGUUGUAAUUGUCUGUUUGAACAUGAUGCACCUUGCAUGAACCAUUGAAUGCUUUUAAAAUGCUUUAGUUGAUUGUAUUUAUUUAUUUAUUUUGUGCAUUUUGUACAGAAUUAUGGACAGGGAAGAAUUUCCAGUUUUAUAUAAAGACUUUUUCUAGGACGUGGAUAGAAAAUCAUUUAAGUUUGUUUUCUUGGCCGACUGCCAUUUGUAGUUAAUUAUUGUUAAUUAAGAUCUGCUGUUUAAAGUGCUGUGAACUCAGCCUCUACUGCAGAAAAAAAUUGCCCACUACAUAAAAAUUGCUUUGACUUAGAUUUGCUCAGUUAAUGUGCUCUUGCAAAACCCUCCUGGUUGGGUUUGCACUUGCAUUCUGAACAGAAUUACUUUCAGCACUAAAUGUGCAAUUGUAAUUCUGCCCUUAAUAGAUCCUAUUAUCGCAAACACAAGUGCAAGUGUUAUUUUAUCCGUAAAAGACUAAUAGGUUGUAGGUUUGAAUAACAGGUAUUCUGUUAUUGUUUUUCUAGUCCUCCACUAAUGUCCCACAAUGUACAGCCACUUACGUGUCAAUAAGCAAAAUCAAAGCUUAACAAUUCGUUAGGCUACCACAUAAAAUAGGGAAUAUACCCAGGGGUUAAUUUGUAAACAGAAAGGCACCAGAUUUGGGGGGCUCCCUACAGCUUGGAGAUCGGCAGUUCGAAUCCAGGCUAUGCCACUGUCGACCAUGGCCGGGAGUUCCCAGGGGACAGCGCACAAUUGGCCAACCGCUGCCCAGGCGGGGAAGGUUUAGGUCGGCUGGGGAAUCUAUGGCUCACCGUGUACCAGCAACGCUUGUGACUGGCUGGGCACCUGCAGGCCAGCCUGUGUGCAAUUCAGCACUGCGUGGUCCUCUUACGCUGGCAGGCUUGCAGUGCGAAAACAAAACACAUGGCUGACUACACACGUUUUGGAGGACGCGAGUGCUCGUCUUCGUCUCUCCUGGGGGUCUCAUAUCAGCGGUUGCAGCGAUGAACCAGGUUGAAUAAUUGGGCAUUCCAAAUUGGGAGAAAAUCAGGGGUAAAAUAAUUGGCAAUUCCAAAUUUAUAAAAGAAAAAAAAGGUACCAGAUUUUAUAAUUAAGGAAGAGGGAUAGCAUUUUGGUUUAUAUGCCUAAUGUACUGACCUUGAUUCACAGUAGCUCACAUAGAUGCUUCUAGUUCUCAUCUGUUUGGGGAUCGGGGUUUCGUGCCUUAUUGUUGGUUUUGGUUCCUGCAUGCCGACCUUUGCCUAGCUAUGUUUUAAUCCAUUAUUUACCAAAUAAUUUUUUCUUUGAAAAAAUCAUAACACAAGCUGUAUUUAUGUAAUCACAUUACAUUACACUUAAACAGUUAACAGAAUUUGA